CGUGCGCUGCUUUAAAGACAAUACGGUAGCGGCGCUGUGCACUGUGGGACACAGAGUAAGAUGGAAGCGUCCACUCGCAGCAUGCUUCAAUAACAUGCAGCUUUAAGUGUCACAUCUGUCCCAGACACGAUAGUUUAUGAUUUGUUGUAAUAGAAGCGAAAGAUUGAAGUCGCACUAAAGAUCGCCGCUGGACGCUGAAACGUUGGUAACCUUGGUGACGUUCAUAACACUGCAUGUGAUGCUAACUGAAGCUAAAGCUAAGGGUCAAUGAAACGUCAGACAUGUCUGUACUGGGAGGGUUACUGAGAGCUGGAGCGUCCUUGUGUCAGUCUGCUGGGACUCUGCUGCACACAGCCAGGACCAUCUCUACCGGUACAUGCUGCCAGAUCAGGAUGCAUGCCAUCCCUCAGCUGAAGAAAGUGGACAGGUGGACUGAGAAGAGAAGCAUGUUUGGAGUUUAUGAUAACAUAGGCAUCUUAGGAGACUUCAAAGCCCAUCCCAAAGACCUCAUUGUGGCUCCCUGCUGGCUGAAGGCUUUCAAAGGCAAUGAACUGCAGCGUCUAAUUAGAAAGAAGAGGAUGGUGGGAGACAGAAUGAUGACUCUGGACAGACACAAUUUGGAGAAGAGGCUUCGCUUUCUCUACAGGCGCUUCAACCGCGUUGGCAAACACCGCUAAUAUUGCACAAGUCAUACUGGCAAAUAUGUAUGACCAGCCAAUAAGGACUGUUGGAGUCUAUUUGUGUGAUUUCAUGCUGUCAAAGUGUUGUAUAUUGCCAUUUUUCUAAGUUAUCAUACUCAUAAAGAGAAGAUGUGUGUGUUUCAGAGUAGCAUACUUCUUGUACUUCUGUUUAUUGAUUGUUUUUGGUCCCAUUAACAAAAGCCUGAAAAUACAUUAUAAAAAACGA